AUGCCGCGGGUGGCCACAGGCUUCAUUAGCUUCCUAUCGCUGCAAGUCUUCAGGACGAUGGCGUAUUCGCUGAUUCCCAAACAAUCCUCGUCGCUGUUGUGGAUGGACGUGACCAUGUUCUCGGUGACAGUUAUCAUGUUUGCCAGUGUACUGGAGAAUGUCUUGGCUCAGGCCAUGCGCGCGAACAUCUCCAGCAUCUCGGCGCGUUUCGUGGACAAUUUCUCGCGGGUCACAUUUCCGAUGAUCGGACUAUGCCUCCUCGUGGUGCUGUUCAUCAUGGGUGCGAUGAACGUUGACAACACAUUCACCAUGGUGGUCCGUUUAUCUAUCUUGACCUUCUGGUUGGUUUCCUUCGCUGUGGCCGUCAUCCUGUGCAUUCGCCGGCUGCCAGCGACCCUGAUGAAGACGUUGGUACGACGAAUCUCCAGCACUGACUUUCGCUACAUGAAUUCGAUUCCGUUGGACCCGAUGGAACUGAAAAUCGUUUUUAAAACAAUCGAUACAGAUCGCAGUGGAAAUAUCACCGCUGACGAGGUCUUAAAAAGUUUCGCGUUUCACGGCCUGUCCUUUGCAAAGGAGGAGGAUGAGGCCAAUUUCAAAAGUCGCUUGAGGAGCAUGUUCGAGCUGCACGGCACCGGCACCAACAACAGGUUGGAUUUGAACGCCUUCUGCCAUCACUUCGGCGCAAUCUUUAGGUUCUACAGCCUAGAGGAGGAAGAGGAGAUGGAGCUGAUUGAGGAAGAGAAGGCAGCUAUUCGCCAAACCUUACGCAUGCGCCAGUCCCUUCGUGUGCGCGAGAGCGUUCGAGAGAGCCGUGUGAGCCACGACGUGAGCCACGCGUCGAGCCACGACAGUCACGAGAGCCAAGUGGGCCGCGUGAGUCGCCAAGACAGUCGCAAAAGCGAGGCCCUGUCAUCCACCGGUGGUGUGCUGCUGUGA